GAGAGAAAUAUUGUUUAUAGGAUGUUUUCUGGCCGGAAUCAUGUCAUCACUUCAACAAAAGGAUCUGCUGUCCACACCCAUUGUAGGUGUAGAGUUGAGUGAGGAGGGCUUUCACAGAAACCUAAUAUAUACAGUGCAAUUUGAUUAUCCGCUGGCUGGAAAAAAUUGUGAGUAUGUGCUAAGACAGUCCUUUCCGGCAUCGGUGUACAUAAGUGUGGAUGAGCUGGACGACCUUUCGAGGAAAAAUAAGCUUAAUGCCAUAUAUCCCAGAUUUGUUGAUAUUGAAAAGCCUACCGAGGAGUCCAGUGAAUUCGAAAUAUUUAUUAAAGGAUCAACCAAAGUAUCAGACACCAUUCAUUUGCCCAUACAUUUUCGUUACCACGCACCAAGCGAAGAACAGUCAUUCAUACCUAUAGAUCUCUUUGCACCCGAUUCUAUGUAUAUUAGUUGUCCUAACCCAGAGGAGCAAAUAUUUAUUGAGCGAGAAUUAGAAAUUGAAACUAAUCCCGGAUACUGCCUAGAUGAAACGUCUCCUGCGAUCAGAGAGGGUCCGAAAAAUAUCCACGACCCAUCAUGCAAGUGGAAGGAUAUUAAAAUAGCCCUGCAAAUUAAAUCAUCAUUGCAUACAGUAAUACCUAUUGGAAAUGAGAGUGCCCACCCUACGGUCUUAUACAUAACAAUUAUAGCCAGUUGGGUGGUGUCGCUAUGGACGAUAUUUAGAACACGGCAUAUACCGAUUGCCAUUAAUGCUAACCUAGAAGAGCAGCGAUUGUUGCAAAGAAAAAAUAAGUAGUUAUUAAUAUUAAGUAAAUGGAGGAGUGAUGAAAUCAUAUUUGGUGUGACAAGUUUUUAUGUAGGUAUGUUAUUAUGUUAUAUUAGUCAUUUUAUAAUUGUUCAUAGAAAUAAUUAAAUGUAUUAUACGUGAUAAAAUAAAAGAAUUCACCGUACACAAAAAAA